AUGAACGAUCACGAUCGCUUUAGCCAGUCAUCCUAUGGCGACCCGAGAUACCUAUCAUCCGCCUCUUUCGAGGCCCCUCCGGCGCCUCCAGCCAAGGUUCUCAUGGACGGCUACCGUGAGACCUUCGAGCCCCAAUAUGCGGAGAAAUUGCGAUACAACCCACUCAAUCCGACCCAGCCACGAAGUCCAGCUUUGCUGAACGCCAACGACCCCGUCGCCAUGUACCUACUCACCGAAACCGCUAUGGGGGACAGCAUGAAUUAUGAGAUAAUGUCUUUGGAGGAAGUUGAGGCUUUGAAGAAAGAUUACUCCUUUCUGUCUAGUCGCCUAAACGCAGCCAACCGGAAAUUAGCCCUGGAAAUGAAACUGCGCGACGCGGCUCUGUCGCUCAGCAGAUUAAACAACUCAACAAACCAUACGACUAGCGAAGAAUACGACGCAGGGAUAUCGCCGAAGUCUCAUCUCAGUCCCAGAAAUGGGUUCGGCGCUACGGACAAAGCGGAUGAGGAACUGGCAGCAAGCACACGAAAGUGUGAAGAUCUUGCUCACGAAGUCUGGAAGUUGGAACGCAAGGCGCAGCACGUACGCCAAAGGUUAUUGGAGCAUACAGCCGGUGUUCUACAGAUGACGCAUAAGGGGUUGAAGAAGAACCUGAGGAACGUCCCACAUACCCCGGAGAGCCUCUCUAGCCACAACACCCGCGGCAGCAUCGACGACUUUGACGACAGAAGCUUGUACAAGACGUCAGACAAUCUUGAUGGGCCAGCUGGUUCCGGUGGCCAAGAGAUGAUCGGGCUUGAAGUUAUCGCCGAUACCGAAAGAAAGCUGGAAGCUUUGAGUGAGAACCUGCGCGACAUGGUUUUAAGGCUGCAACCUGAGAGCGACUAUGAUGCGAUUCCUCGAACUUCGGGUGAUGCGACAUCGAUCAAUCCCACAGCGACAGUCGAAGCGCUCCUCGCUUACAUUGAGCGUGGUUUGAAUAUAAUCGCUGCAAAGUCAGCUGAGACACCUCGCGCCUUGGAGUUGGAUCACGGUACGGAGAACCAUUUAAUGGAAAUCAACGCCCGACUACACCACAUUGUGGGGCAAUCUGGAUUGUCUCGUUCGCAGGCUCUCUCUCCUCCCCCGGCGUCAUCAGGGAACGGCCUACAAGCACAUUUCGAUUACCUGAAUCUCAGUAUUGAUGACCUUCACAGCCAGAUUGAGAAGCUCCUCGAACAGAAGAGCAUCUUAACAACUCAAAUUCAGCAACAGCGGGAAUUGAACUCCAAAUCGGACGCGGAACGAGAUGCACACAUAGCCGAUCUGGUCGAGCAGAUCGCUCAUCUCCGGAAAGACCUCGAGCUGUCUGAGCAGGAGUCUCAGAGUGCAAAGGAUGAACUCGACCUGGCAAUCAAGCAACUCGAAGCUCUACGUCAGGAACUCAACGACCUUCAACAACACAAGAGCGUCGCCGAAGGUCACGCGAGCGCUUUGGCAUCCGAGAAGGAAGCUCGAGCCCACGUGGAGGCGGAACUGUCGCGCUUACAGACUGUCAUGCAGGAACUUAAGCAGGGGAGGGACGCGCAGACGGAAGCUCAUGAAGCCCGUGUGCGGGUUGAGCACGAGGUCGCUCGUCUUGAAUCCCAUCUCGAACAGCUUCGAUCCGAAAGCGCCUCUCAAACAGAGGAACUCGCUGCCGCUCGCUUGAAGGCAGAUAGUGAAGUCACACGUCUGCAGAGUGUGGUUGAUCAACUUCGUCAGGAGGCAAACGCCAGAGCGGAAGAAGCUGACGAGGCCCGAGACCGAGCCGAACAACAAGUACUGCAGCUGGAGGAGACGAUGCAGCAAGUUCGCAACGAUGCUGACGCACGGAUCAAGGAAGCCUUAGAUUCUCGUGUGUUGGCAGAAGACAGUGCGACCCGGCUGCAGGCUGAAUUGAGUGAGAUGGCCAGCGAGGUUUCUCGGCUGCAAGACGCUAUGGAAAAACUUCGCACUGACAUGGAGUCGCGGCUCAGAGAAGCAGCUGAGGGGCGCACAAACGCAGAACAGAGCGCGAGUCGUCUGCAGGCUGAAUUGACAGAAAUGGAAGGCGAAGUAGUCAGGGUACAAACGGAACUGACAAUGGCCAAAGCGGAGCUCGAUGGUGCGUACGGUAGCAGAGCCCAACGAGCAGCAGAGGUGGCCGCCAAUCCAGCUAUCCAAAAGGAACUUGAUGCCUUGAACACUAGGAAUCUUGAGCUUGCGGAGGAGCUCGCAGCCCUCAAAGCCGGAAAGCCUGGUAGCAGCGAUCUACAGCAGCGAGUGCAGAUGCUGGAAAGGGAACUCCGGGAAACUAUUGACGAUUAUGAAGUCAUGACCAAGGCCAGCAUCGAGUUCGAAAAAGAGCGUGAGAGGUACGAAAGCAUGAUUGACGGUCUACGUGACCGCUGCGAGCAAUUGGAGACGCAGCUCAAUGAGGAGCGAAUCAAUUGGAUGGGUGUCAACAACGCAGUGGGACGAGAUGGCACGUAUGAGACCACUUCUACAAUGGUCCUGAAGAAUGAAUUCAAGAAAAUGAUGCGUGACACUCGCAUUGAGAACAUGAAGAUCCUCAAGGCGGAACAAGAAGAACGAAGACGACUAGAGACUCAGAUUCGGAAUCUGAAGAAAGAACAAGCAGCAAGCACUGGCAAGUCGAAUCUCAGCCACAGUGUCACGGCUUUAUGA